UUCAACUGAAAUUUAGAGCAAAAUACCAUCUUUGUCAACAUGGGUUUGAUUCAAGCAUUAAAACUGAUAGAUUUUGAACAUGAAUCGUUCCCAGCUUACCAAGAUUUCUUGUUUCUUCCUUUGUUUUCCAUCUUCUUCCCAACUGUUCGGUUUUUUCUCGACAGACUUGUCUUUGAGCAAAUAGGAAGGCGUUUAAUACUCAACAAACGGCUUACUAUAGAGACUGAUGAUGAAAGAAUCAAAAAAAUGAUUAAAUUUAAGGAAUCAGCCUGGAAAUUUGUAUAUUAUCUUUCUGCAGAAAUCCUAUCCUUGGCUGUCACUUAUAACGAGCCAUGGUUCACUAAAACAACCAACUUUUGGAUUGGUCCGGGCAGUCAGAGAUGGCCAGACCAGAAAAUGAAGUUAAAACUAAAGGCCAUGUACAUGUAUUCUGAUGGAUUCUACACAUACUCAAUAUUUGCUUUGAUUUUCUGGGAAACAAGGCGAUCAGAUUUUGGUGUGUCAAUGGGUCAUCAUAUUGCAUCUGUCCUUCUUAUUACAAUGUCAUAUAUAUGCAGAUUUGCUCGUGUUGGGUCAGUUGUUUUAGCUCUUCAUGAUGGUAGUGAUGUCUUUCUUGAACUAGGGAAGAUGUCUAAAUACAGUGGUUAUGAAGGGCUUGCAAGCUUUUCAUUCAAUUUGUUUGUAAUUUCAUGGGUAAUCCUUCGUCUUAUUUGUUUCCCGUUCUGGAUCCUAUGGAGUACAAGUUAUGAAGUUGUUCAAACUUUGGAUCAAGAGAAGCACAGUCCUGAAGCACCAGUCUACUAUUAUGUUUUUAACACUUUGCUUUUUUGCUUGUUUGUUUUUCAUAUAUAUUGGUGGGUGCUAAUGUACAGGAUGCUUCUUAAACAAAUCCAAGAUAGAGGCAAAGUCAGUGACGAUGUUCGUUCUGAUUCUGAAAGUGAUAAUGAACAUGAAGAUUGAUUGUUCUAUUGCACAAUUAAUGUAGUUCCAAAUCAUGAGUGUAAUCAUUUUAUGAAUUUCGUAAAUUCCAUUGUAUACAUAUACCUAACCUCUAUCCUCUCCAAGUACGUACAAGAUCCAGUCUGUCUACAAUGAGAGAGUUAACAAGUUUAUUAGUCCAAA